AUGUCUGAUAAGAACGAGUCAGCGAAACCUGACUCUGUUCUGGCCGCCAAUGACGCUCAACCCGUUGCUAACGCUAACGGCAUCGGCCACCCCAAACCGGUUUUGGGCGAAUCGGCAGCAAAAAAGCAUAAGCUCUCCCAAACAAACUACAUCGCGCGAGAGUAUGGCACCCCUCUUCAAACCAGAGCAGCGUCGCCUUGCACUUUGAAUCCUCCCAUCGACAGCGAUGGAUUGUCCUGGCCCAGCAGAGGAGCAAGAUCGAGAAUCGACCAGACGGAGGAAGAAGCCAAGCAGCGUGAGCAGCGUAUAGCAACCGCAGUGAAGUCGAUUUUGCAUGAGUUGGGUGAAGAUGUGGAUCGAGAAGGGCUUUUGGAAACUCCAGAACGGUAUGCGAGAGCGAUGCUCUACUUCACCAAAGGGUACGAGGACAAUAUCAGGGAUGUGAUUAAGAAAGCUGUUUUCGAAGAGGAUCAUGACGAAAUGGUCAUUGUUCGUGAUAUCGAAGUGUUCUCCUUGUGUGAGCACCACUUAGUGCCCUUUUUCGGCAAGGCUCACAUUGCGUACAUUCCCAAUAAAAGAGUGGUUGGUCUUUCAAAACUUGCAAGACUCGCUGAGAUGUACUCACGGAGAUUCCAAGUCCAAGAACGGUUGACAAAGCAAAUUGCCAUGGCAUUGAGCGAGAUCUUGAAGCCCAGAGGCGUUGCCGUGGUGAUCGAGGCCACCCACAUGUGCAUGGUAAGUCGUGGUGUACAGAAGACGGGGUCUUCAACGACAACAAGUUGCAUGUUGGGUUGCUUCCGUGUGCAACAGAAAACCAGAGACGAGUUCUUGACGCUCUUGGGUAGGAAAUAG